AUGGAACACAGCAAGCUCAGCCUGCAACAAGAGAUCAACGAGUUCGAUUAUCUUCAAGUGCAAGCACCACUACUAGUCCCAGACCUGCUGAUGAGCAUCCCAGGACCACUGGUCAUCAGCGAUUCGGUGAUCGCAAAAUGGAACACCGCAAUGCAAAUGGCUCAGGAUCACGUCCAAAAUCGCUGUUCUGCAUUGCAGCAUGAACCCAUUCCAACCACAGAACAAGAUAGAUGCUGGCUUACUCUAUUGGCGUUACAGAAGGAGCAGGAGCUGGAGGACACGAUCAAAUGGGUGGAAAACGCCUGGAAGGAAUUGAUGGAGGUUAGGAGGCUGCUGGGGAUCAGAAGGAACCAGUAG